UAUAAUGCUUGAAAAGAAAAUAUUAAUAUAUUUUACGAUAUGCAUUAUAAAUGUAACCGAAAGUAAAAAACCUUAUGACAAAAACAAAUUAGCCACGUGGCAGCUGGAAUGUGAAUUAGGCAUUAUUUCCGACCCCGAAUGCCCUGUUGAUGGUGGAUGGUCUGCUUGGACCUCGUGGACAGCUUGUCAAGGAUCUUGCGAUGAAACUGGUCACCGUAGAAGAACAAGAGAAUGCAUUAAUCCACCACCAUCAAAAAAUGGGUUACCAUGUAGUGGAAUAGAUUACGAAAUGGAAACAUGUUACCUUAAUAAUUGCAGUAUAAAAGAUUUCCGUUUGUUGGUGAAAGGUGAUCCAGCUAGGUCUACUGGUCUUAGACAAUUAGAGGCAGUUCCCGCUGUUGCAGAACGUUGUUUGCAAAUUCAAUGUCCGUUUGAAGCAAUUGAAGCUGCUUUAGUAACAGAGAACAUAUGGCAAUUAAAUGCGGAAGAGAUAUGGAAUGAUUUGCUUUGUGUUAAGCGUAAUUUGGGAUGCCCCGUUACAGGACAGUGGAGUGCGUGGGACUCUUGGUCUAUUUGUGGAGCACGUUGCGGUAAGGGUUUGCGAUGGAAACAAAGAAAAUGCGAUACGCCUCCUCCUUCAGAUGCUCGCCUUACCUGUUCUGGUUCCCCAUUACAAUAUGGAGAAUGUGAAGGUGAUCAAUGCGCUAUAGAAAAACCGUAUGUUGAACAUUCGCCUACUGGUUCGUGGGCGCCAUGGGGCUCUUGGACAGAGUGUUCAGAAAAUUGUGGUUUGGGUAUUAGGCGGAGAAAAAGAUUAUGCAUUGAAAAAUAUACACCUCAUUCGCUUUUUACCUGGAACACAAAUUGUCGUGGGCAAUAUGAUCAAGUGGAAACUUGCUCGAAAAAAAAAUGUAAUCUAGAUGGUGGAUGGUCAGGUUGGAGCGCUUGGGGUGCGUGCUCCCAAACUUGUGGUGCAGGUAAACGCUCUAGGUGCAGAUCCUGCACGAGACCCUCACCAUUUGGGAAAGGCAAAAAUUGCUUCGGAUCACGAACUGAAGUUGGAACGUGCCACCUAAAGCCAUGUGAAGUUUAUUCUCAUACAGUGAGUUUUUUCAACGGUGACUCUGCUCUAGAAUAUUUUUUUCCGAAACAACACUUCACUUUUUUUCACUUUUAUAUCCGUUUUAUGCCAUUGUCACCAUCAGGAAUAAUUGUUCAUCGGGGUAAAUUAAAUGAUCCAUCUAUACAUCUAACAUUGCAUAAAUGGCAUUUAUGUUUGGAUAUCAGUGGCUCGUCAAAAUGUAUAUUGCCACGCUUUUGUUCACCUAAUUCAAUAGCUCCCGCUGUUUGGCAUUCAGCUCUAGUCACAUUCACAAAUGAUGCAGCCUUAUUGCGAAUUAAUGACGCACAAAUGCCGUUGAAAUAUUCUGUUUCAUGUAAUCCGGAACUAGAUAAAAAUGUAUUAUCUAUAAGCGUAGGCAAAGGAUUUCAUGGAGCUGUGGAAGAAAUUAUUGUUAAUUUCAUUCCGUUGAGUAUGUUCAUUGAAAAACAGCAACAAUCAAGCAAUUCAUCAAAAUUGUUUCCAACGUCUGCUUCAAAUAUUAUAUACGACAAGGCCAAUCUUGAUGAAGCCUUUGUUUCACUAGAAAACGACUAUUAUAUUCGCAUACCUUGUUUUAAUAAAAGUGAAGACACUUGGCAUUUGAAAUUGACUUUAAACCCUACAACGGGCGAUGGUUUAAUCUUAGUCAUAUACGAUAGCUUGAUUGGUAAUUGGAUAUUAUUAGCAUUCGAGAAUUUUCGUAUAAAAAUUAAAUUAAAAACCGGUGAAUGGAAACCCGAAUCAUUAAGUUCUACUGCGCAUCAGCUCGACCAGUGGAUAGAUCUGAGCAUAUCCAAAAGGAAGUCAGCAAACGUAAUUGAAGCCGCUAUAAAUGGUAGAGAACGGUUGCAUAUAUUUUUGAAUAAUUGGCAAUUGCAGAAAAGAGAUGGUAAAUAUAAACGUCAAACUUAUGAAAAUGAUUCAGGGAUUGACAAUAUAUGUGGUGAUACCGAUGAUCAAUACGCUGCCGUUUUACCGAACUCCAUCCACCACAUCAAAUGUAGGGAUGAAUUUUAUGUCGGCGACAUACCUUUUUAUAUUAAGACCAAUAUUUCUGAAGACAUCCAAGGAUUUUCUGGCACCAUUGCUUCUAUACAUAUUAAUGGCGCUUUAUUGAACCUUCAUGAUUGCAAUAGGGAAAGAAAUAUGGGUAACACGGUGCAGUUAUCUUCGCGCACAGCGAGUCUCUCUGGAGCUUAUUAUGAAACAGUGUGGGGUAAAUCGAACAUACUUAAUCUUACCUGCGUAUAUUCUAAGAUUUUAAGUUCUGUUAAAAGUCAAAGCUAUUGGGUAAUGUUAGACACAGCUAUCUCCGAAAGAUUGAGCCGAAAGAAUGUUACGGUUUAUGACGAUGGAAGGAUCCUCAGACUUUCGUUACCGGAAGAUAGAGAACUGAGAGGGUUUUAUACUUGCCGGUCAUACUCAAACGAAAGAACUCGUAACGUAAUUACAUACGGUGUCAUUGGUAAAUUUGAAAACAACUUCAUGGGCCCUGAUUUUACCACAGCCUUGGCUGUAUUUACGACACUUUCACUAGUAGUAUUCACAUUAGGAUGGCUUAUUACAGAAGGUAUCAAUGAUCUUCGCGAUGGAUAUGGAUUUUUCAGAGAUAUACAUCUUACCCCAGAAAAAGAAGCUGAAGCUGUCUGUAAUUAUAUUGACCAAAAUAUACAUUUAUUGGGUUCGAAGAGUGCAGCUAGAUUAGCGAAAGCAAGAGCAAGACGCAAAGCAAGGCAAUUAGCAAGUAGAGCAAGCUUCGCGGCGCAGGAACCAGAAGGUUUGAUGGAAAUAGAUAACAAUAACCACGAUUCCGUUAUUGAAGAAUCGCCUUCAACCUCCUUGCCUCAAUUGCCAGACACAAAAUGUCUCCAUCUAGAACCAUCUCACCAAGUUUUUAGAUGCGAACCGUCGUAUGUUAGUUCACCCCGGCACGGGUCUAACAUAACUUCCCCUCUAACUAGAAUAACGUCCUCAUCGUCCAUAGAAAAUUCUCCUAGGAAUCUCUACUCAAAGUUAUUACUAACCAAAACAAGAACUUCAUCAAAAGAAAAUUUAGGUGCCCACAAAUUACGAAUUAAAAACGAGAUACUCUCAAAUCGAUCAGAAUUACUAACAAUAAAACCACCAGCAAUUAUGAAUACUUUAUCACCAGGGCAGCGAGUAUUACAAAAAUUCCAGCAGUUAAAAAUGGAUGAUCCUUAA